AUUGAAAUAGGACGCUUAGGGUUACUUCGCAGUUGUUUUCUAUAUAUUAGUUGUUAGGGAUAGAGAAGUGCAAAAUAAAGUGCCUCGUUAUGAUACUAAUUAGUUCUGAGUGAGGAUGAGGAAUCUGAGAUGGCGUUUGACGUUGCCUGAUGUAUAAGCGAUAAAGUGCGCAAGAGGUUGAUGUUUGGAAGAUAUAUGUUGGAGAGUAUAAAGUAAAGGGCCGGGUGGAGGAUCCGCAAUGGCGUCGGCGCAGACUUGUAAAUAAAAACAAUGCGACAAGUGGUCUUAGAAUACUAGGGUUCAGGGUUGUGCAGAGAUUAGGGGAGCAGCCAGUCUUCCUUCUAAUGCAGCGAAUAAGAAAGCUUUUAUAAUGGCCCUUUACGUGUCUAUGGUUUGGAGGAAGAUCCUGCGAAAGAGAUGGGUUCUUGGUGUUGUUUUCGGUCUUUCCCUCAUUUAUUUUCUCACCAGCACCUUCAAGCAGGAAGAAAGAACUGUGAGAGACAGAAUGCUUCUUCAGACAGGGGAUCAAGAUCAGAACUUACAAUGGAAAGUCCAGUUCAAUUUGGGAAACAGCAGCCGCAUAAGUAAUCAGUGCCGAAACUCCGUGCAAGGCAAAUUGCUUGUCACAGAUGAUAUGGGUUACAUUUGUGAGCGUAAAGAGCUCUUAGCAAAUGGAUGCUGUAACAUAAAUGUGGCCAGUACUAAACUGUACAGCUGUGAAACUUGCCUACCCAAUGGUUGUUGCAGUGUGUAUGAGUUUUGUGUAUCCUGCUGCUUGCAGCCUAAUAAGCAACUUCAACUGGAACGUUUUCUAAACAAAGCAGCAGUGGCUUUUCAGAAUUUGUUCCAAGCAGUUGAAGAUCAUUUUGAGUUGUGUUUGGCCAAGUGCAGGACUUCCUCACAGAGUGUUCAGCAUGAGAAUACCUACCGCAAUCCUAUUGCCAAGCACUGUUAUGGAGAAAGUCCUCCUGAGCUUCUUCCCAUCUGAUUGCAACACUUCAGUCAUCUGCAGUGCAAACUGUGAAGAAAAGAAAGAAUUUGUUGACCAUGUAUACCAGCCUUCCAGCUCCAUCCAACCUUAAUAAAAUCCUGACGGUGUAGUUACUUGAAAACUUCGACCAUGAGGAAAAGCUAUAUAUUUCCUGUAGGAACUUAACUGUGGUGUGAAUAAUUUGAUGCUGAGCUGCAUAAGCUUAAUGGAGUUGUUCGGUGUAUACUAAUAUAACCGAGCAUAUUACUCUCAUCAUCUCAUCACCCAAAAGGCAAGAGACAGAAAGAGUUAGUGGUGCUUUUUAAGUAAGUAAGGCUCUUCUUGACAACAAAAAAGAGUGAACCAUAUUUUAUUUUAAUGAUGAUGGUCAGUUUUCAAAUACUAGACUGACACUACGAUAAGACAAACGAUCCCUUAAAUAUUACAAUGAAUACUAUAAUUUAAAAAUGAGGUGUAUGCAGUCCUUGAUAAAUAUGAAGUUCCAUUACAAAAUGAAAAUAUUAGUUUGCAGUAGGGAAAUAUACUUGUCUAUUAGUUGUUACAUUUAAAGGAGAAGUAAGUAAGCUUUAUCAGAAAGGUCUAUAUUAAUAUGCCAGUAAAUCCGCAAAGUAAUGCUGCUCUGAGUCCUCUGUCAAAAGAAACACUGCAUUUCUUGCCUUAUAUAGUGUACACAUGAGCUUCUGUAUCAGACUUCCUGUUUUCAGCUUAAACAUCCAGGGCAGGGCUUGAGCAUGCUCAGUUUGCACCUCUCCCCCUCCAUCCUCCCCUCCCUGCUUUAAUCAUGAGCAAGCAGGGGAGACUCAGGCAGGAAGUUAUGCCACAGCAAGCCAAUAUGGCAGCUGCUAUCCUAAACAAACAGACGGUGUCUAGAGUUGUUUACUCAGGUAUGAAAAAGCAUUCUAAUGAAUAAAAAUGGCUUUCUAGCUUGCACUGUUGUGGCUAAUAUAUUAGCAAUAAACUGCCUUGGUAGCUUUCCUUCUA